GUCGAGGUCGUCCCAAGUCGACUCAUGUCGACUCCGUCCGGUUAUUGGCAGCAGUCUGCGGACGCGUCUCCUGUGCGUUCUUGCGCGCAUACCCCACCUUACAUGAUCUUUCUACCCGCAGGUCUUAUGCUCAGGCGUUGAGACCGAGACGUCCAUCGACUCAAGGACUCCAAGCCUGACAAGCGCGGCAAGUUUUCCGAGGCCCGAAGGUAGUCUCAGAGGCUGCUCGUAGCAACAUUGAUUCGCCAUGGUUGCACACAACGAGAAACGCUUACUAUGGCAUCCGACGCAUCAGAACCGCUUUGUAGUAGGCGGGGGAUCACAAAUCACGCUGUAUGAAUGGAUCUCCGAGUCCUCAGAAAUCAAGCAAGUCACCGCACAGCAGGACCUCCCGCACAUGAAGUGCUUCGCAUGGUCCCCGGAUGCCGCUCUGGACGAUCUCAUUGCCGUAGGGCAUAGUUCCGGUAAGGUGGACUUAAUGCGACUGGAGGCGAGCAAACAGUCCAAGGAGCAUGUCCUGUCCAGCGGUCCCACCGUACCCCUCCCUGUUCGCAACUCGCGUGCCUGUAACUCGCUGGCGUUCUCCACGGCAGAUCCUAACUACCUCGCCGUCGGGUUGGACAAGGUUCGCGGUGAUCAUAGUCUGGUGGUAUGGGAUGUACAUGCUGCUGUUCCUCUCCUCUCCCUCAAGGCCGAGUCUCCGAAGUCCCCGACAUACCAUGCUCCCUCGUCCAGCCGCUCGAAUACUCAGUCUCAGCGCGAUAUUACGCCUAAGAAUGGCCCUCGUAUCUUUCAGGUACAUGCUCCCGCCGAGACGGUCUCAUCAGUCGCCUUUCUGCCCACAUCGUCCAAUCUGCUACUUGCUGGUAUCUCGCAUCGCUGGCUGCGACUGUUCGACCUGCGGUCACCUCAAGAUUCCCCGCUCAGCGUAGCAAGUAAAGUCCAUGCUGUCGUCACGGACCCCUUCGAGCCACAUCGCAUUGGGUGCUUUGGAGACAACGUCGCGACGAUAUGGGACGCUCGACGACUGUCUCAGCCACUUCUGACUUUCACGGAGAAAGACGCAGGAGCGGAUGGAGUACGCACGAAGAACAGCACUGAAUUCAUGACGAUGGAGUUCUCGAGCACGCGGAGAGGGGUCCUGGCCACCCUCGGCAAGGACGCGCAUCACGUCAGAUUUUGGGACCUGCAGCAAGCGGAGAUCGUCGACGCCAAUUCUCCUGAUCGGGCGCGGUCCAGAGAUUCGUCUCAGUCCAGCAAGAUAACCCGGUCAUGGACGAACCCUACCAGCAUCUUGCCGUCUGCUUGGACUGGGAGUGGGACGUCGAAUGCAGUGCCCAUAACGGCGUCGAACGAGCGUCGCUCGCCAUACCAUCUAGUUCUCUCUGACACUAGGAAGACGAAGAACUUCCCGCGUCCGCUCGCGUCGUUCGCGCUGGUACCGAACAGCAAGAGCCACCCUUUGACUUCGGACGUAAUGGUGGUCAACAAGGAGGGUGACCUCGAGCUGUACGCAGUCCACGACACGCCGAAACUUACUCCAUGGAGCUCUCGCGGGGAUCUCGGAGUCGGGCUCGCGCGCUCCUAUAGGGUCUUCCCAGGUAUCUGCGAUCUCAGUCCACCGCCGGAGCCAUGGGACAUCCAGCUGCCUUCAUCCGUGCCAGGCUCGAAGGCUCAUUCCGUCGAAAGGCAUGCUGCGAAGGAAGAGUCGAUUGCGCGAGGCCGUACGGGGCACGCGGAGACGAGCCCUCCGCCGUUGUUUGGCCGCGGAGACGAGGAUGGCUUCCCUGCGCUCCCGGUGAAGUUUCCAACCGCUGUAUCGACGACGAGGCCGAGCAGGACGCGCACGUACAGCCCUGCGGCCCUCCGGAACCUGCGGUUUGAGCACUCAGCGUUGGCGCGCCAACCCCGACGCCAUCAUGCUGUUCCGGGCGCGACAGCACCUCCGCGGGAUAUGGCGGAUACGUUAUCGUUGAAUGGCGGUUCUGUCUCCCACAGGCAGUCGCAUCACACCCACCAUGGAGGGAAGUUGACGACCGUGAAGGCGCUCCAGCAUUUGGUGGAGGAGGAUAUCUCGAUGUUGAUGCGUCAGCGCGUCGUUCGUGGAUAUGGAUUAGCAAGUUGUCUCCACAACGCGAUGAUCGCUCGAGAUACUCCGUCGGAUCCUGCGCUCAUUGAGGUUUGGCGAUGGCUGCAUCACUCGCAGCAUCUGUUGUCCAAACCGACGCCGCGGGUGGAAGGGUUCAACUUUUCCUACCAGGGUCUGCUUGGUAUAUGGGAAGGCUUCCCUUCAAGCCACCCGCAAGCGUCGACAUCGACGCAUACAACGCCCCGCGUCAUGGCGAGGAGAAGCGUCCUUCCGAACACGCCCAUGCAAUCUUUGUCGGCGCUGCCUCUCGAUCUCAACCUCAAGUCGUCGUCUAGGCAUAGCAGCCGCCGCCGACCACAUGGCGGGCUGUCUGAAGAGUUCCUCGCGGCUAUAAUGGCCCUCGCGGAUCGGAGUGACCUGGACACCACCUCUUGGAAGCCGGCCGUCGCGACGUCUAGGCUGGUGCAGCGACACCUUGCGCUGCAGUUGUGCGGAUGGAGCUUGGCCGAGAACGAUCUCAUGCAUGCCAUCAAACGGUGGGAGAAAGAUGGCAGACAUUCCCAGGCCGCGUGUUGGCUCGUGUUCACAGACAGAUCGAAGGCCGCGGUCGAACUGCUGAUGCGAAGCGAAGACGAGUCGCUCCAUAUGAUGUCUGGUAUGCUAGCAGCACUAGCACCUACCUCUGGAGGGUCGGUAAAGAACCCUGACCUCGUCGAACACACCACCCGCCUAGUGAUCCGCUUGCAGGAUCCUUAUCUGCGCGCCAUGCUCACCUACCUCACGGUGAUGGACUGGUCGGAAGUGUUGCAGGAAGAGGUACUGCCUCUCCGAGAGAGACUGGCUAUUGCAUUCCAUUUCCUCGACGACCGAGACUUGGGCUCAUACCUCCAUCGCGUCGCUGAUCGGAGUAGCCACGACGGUAGCAUAGAAGGUCUCAUCGUGACGGGCUUGACGUUUGCAGCACUGGACAUAUUGCAAUCGUACGUCGACGUCACGGGCGACGUGCAGACGGCGGCGAUCCUGUCGUCCAUGACACCUACAGGCGCGCACGACACCCGGGCCAGCCACUGGCUGGACGCCUACCGCGAUCUCCUCGACGGGUGGAAGCUCUUCCAUCACCGAUGCCAGUUUGACGUUGACCGCGGACGGAUGCUGAAGGACGCGCAGCAGAACACCGAGCUAGAUCAGGCCUACGAGUGGGCACCGCGCCAGAUAUUGCUUCGUUGCAACUAUUGCAACAAGUCGAUUGACUCGGCGCCCCUCGAAGUACGGAACCAUACUCCUCGGGCUACUGCUUGCCCUCAUUGCGGUCGUCCCCUGCCGCGAUGUUCCGUAUGUCUCAUGGCACUGAGCAUCGUACAAGACUCGAUGCGAAACGCAGCAUUGAUGCGCUCAGGCUCUGGGGACACUAUUGACGACGCGCUCGUGUUCUGCCAGACGUGUCGCCACGGAGGGCACGCGUCACAUAUCUUGCAGUGGUUUUACGGUGAGGACCGGCGGCGCUCUCAUGGGACAUGUCCGGUUGCUGGAUGUGAUUGUAGAUGCUCAGACGGUUUCUGACGCUAGACUGUUUCGUCCUUCUCAUGACUUGCAUCUAUGUGGCUUCUCGCUCGAGGAACGAAAUGCUCUAGCAUGAGUUGCUUGUAUAAUGACUAGAAUCCUCAGCGCUCCAGCAUGUUCUUUUGUCAUGUGCGAGCCAUAGACGAACUGCAUGUGCUGCAAGUUACUGGCUAGCAAUGCAACGUUUUCCCUGGACGUCGUAAGUGCGCUGGUCGGUCCUGCAUCCCGCGUGAAAAGGCAGUUGAAGACUCUAUUCAUCUCUAGGCUAAUAGUACUCAUACUCGUCGUACUCGCGUUCGAAGAGAUCGA